GAGGUAGAAAGUGAGCGGAUGGUGAAAGAGACAUUAAGUGAUGAUAAGCAAGAAAAUAUGACACCCGAACAAAAAAGCAAUAAUAAAAAUUACAUUUUAAAUAAUCUUGAUAAAUAUGUUAUUGAUAGCCGCCAGUAUUUUUAUGGUGAGGAUGCUGAAAGUAAAUAUACUUAUAUUGCCAAAGAUGCUUUGCCUGAUGGAGCCUUUGAGGAGAUAAGAGACCAAAUAUACCAAAAAAUCAUUCAGAACAAAAAUGACUGA